AUGUAUGAUCUUCGCGCGCUCCGCAUUCGCGGGUUACACAGCGGCGACUCGUCGUCGCCGUCAUGCCCCAAACGCACUAUCCAGAAUAAAGUGUUUCGAGGCCCUGUCUUCGCCGUGCUCGUCUCGCUAUGGCUGCUGUCGGGCGUGGCGUUCGCGGCGUGGCUCUGCUAUUCGACGCACGCGACGUACCUUGGCGAUCGCUACCGCCGCCUCGACACGUGGUGCUACGAGCGCGCCAAGCUCUUCGAGCAGCACACGCUCACCACCGUCAGCCAGAUUAGGACUCUGUCCGGGCUGGCGUCGGUGAUGGGCAAGCCCAGGGGCCGCGGCAACUGGACGUGGGACAGGUGCCUCACGGAGGAGCACUGGAUGGCCUAUGUCAGCAAGACCAAAUACUCCCGACCAGGGGACACGGGCGCCAUGGUCUGCCUCUUUGUUACGGACCAAGAGAGGCCUGCCUUUGAGCGGUUCUACGGCGGCCCCAUUCUCGACUUCACCUUGAUGCGGCGCCAGCAGCAGCCUGUGUACUGCCCCAAGAUGCUCGAGCUGCACUCAUACUGGAAAACCCUACUGCUCGUGGACCUCAUGCAGCGCGGGCCCGAGCUCGCCUACCUGCGCAAGUCGGGGGACAUCAUCUUUAGCCAUGUCACGCCCAUCGGAAACCUCUCCCUCAACAUCACCGGCUUCGCCAUCGGAGUGCCCAUCUUGCAGCAUGCGCUGCCACUGAAUCCCACGGAGCAGCAGGCGGAGGAGGCGGUGCUGGGAGCAGCUGGGGCGAACGUGGACGUCGUAAUGAUCACCCGCCACGUGCUGCAGAACGUCUUCACUCCAGACCCCAGCAUCACAUUCGAGGUGUAUGAGACCACGGACCCCAAUGGCCCGAUAAUGAUCUACGGUCCGGGCCCACGCCUUCUGUACUACCGCGACCGCGACAUCCUUCCCAUCACCGACAUCUCGCCCCCCAAUGUCACGCGCCCGUGGGAGGAGCGCUCUGUCGUGCCGCUCGACCUGCUUGGGGGCCGCCUGCGGCGCUACCAAGUGUGGUGCCGCUACGUGGAGGCUCCAAGCGCGUGGCUCUCCUGGGCUGUGCCCUUCCUGUGGGCGGCUCUCGCUCUCAUGGUAACGGCUCUGGUGGCGGCGGUGGCGUGGCAGCAGCGGGUGGGGUAUGUGCGCAGCGAGGAGAGCAUGGCAGCGGCGGACCAGCUGAGAGGGAAGGCGCGGGCAGCGGAGCGGUCGAAGAGCUCGUUUGUGGCGUCCAUGUCGCACGAGCUGCGCACGCCCAUGCUCGGCAUCGUGGGGCUGCUCGAUGCUCUUGGGGACCGCCGCCUCUCUGCCGCCCAGCUGCACGACGUGCAGGCGGCGCGCGCUGCCGCGUACGACACGGUGCGGCUCGUCAACCGCGUGCUCGACCUCUCCAAGCUCGAGGCGCGCCGCAUGGCACUCUGCUGCUCGCCCUUCCACCCGCGCGCGUGGCUGGAGGAGGUCCUGCUGGGCUGCUGUGAGCUGGCACGCCACAAGGGCAUCGAAGUGGCGGGCAUGGUGGACAUGGGAGUACCUGCAGUGUUGCACAUGGACACCAUGCGACUCACUCAGGCGCUCAACGAACUCAUAGUCGCUCCGCUCCAACCCUCUCCUCCUCCUCCUCCUCCUCCUCCUCCUCCUCUGCCUCGUCACCCCUGGUGGCUCUCCUGGUUGGCCUGCCUCCACGUGCAGCUGGUUCGUCUCUUCAGUGCAGCCCCUGCGACACGCUGGGGGGAGACGUGCCGGAGGGAACAGGAGCCACCAAAUGAGGGCGAGGCUGAUGAGGAUUCCUCACAUCGGGCCAUGCUGGGACAGGAGGAGCAAGUGGAGGAUGCGAAGAGCAAAGAGGAUGGUGAAGGGGAUGACGCUGGGUGGAGCAGCGGCAGUGGUGGAGAGGAGAUGCAGCUGGUGCUGUCGUGUGCCGACACAGGGUGUGGGUUUGACUCAACGAGGGAGGAGCUGUCAGAGUUCAAGGGGCGAUCGGAGAGUGGAGGAGCAGGCCUGGGCUUUGUGCUCGUGCACCAGCUGGUGGCCCUCAUGGGUGGCCGCGUUGCCUGCCUCUCCCACCCCGGCACCGGCUCCACCGUCGCUUUCUCCGUGCCCUUCGCCCCAACCCGCCGCCCUCCCCCUUCGGCUUCCCCUGCUCCUCCCCCUACUGCUCCUGCUGCUGCCGCUACUCCUGCUGCUGAGGCAAGCGGGGGAGAGGAGAGCGGGACACAAGAGGGGGUUGGGAGGUCCGCAGGGGAGGGAUGGAGUUGUGGGCCGUGGUUGGGGGGUAGCAGGUUGAUGGGGGGAAGCUGGCUGCGACGCUUGGACGUGCGGCACAGUGCCAUGCAGGGCAGGCGGGAGAGCGAGCCGUGCAGAGUGGAGACUGGGGGAGGGUGGCAUGCAGGGUGCACGAGGGGCGUUGAGGAAGUGACUGUGGGCGUGGUGGGGGCGGAAGGCAGCACGAGAGAGCUCACGGCGCUCAUGCUGGCAGCUCUCGGAGCACACGUGCACGUGCUGCCCCGCGCUCUGGAUCGCGUGUACGCUGCUGACGCCCGUGCUGCCGAGGGGGUGACAAGCAGAGCUGAGUGGAGCUGCAAGGAUGCAGCGAGGGCACAGGGGGGGGCGGAGGAGAUGCGAGACGGCACGUGCAUAGGGAGUUGCUUGAGCGGUCGGAUGGACAGAGGAAUCAGGGAGGAUGGGGAAGAGGGAGAUGGUGCAGGAGAGGGAGGGGAUGAAGAAGAGGGUAUGCCAUGUGUGGUGGUGGUGAACGAGGAGGACCUAUGGUGGCAGCAGGGCGGGAGAGCAGCAGCAGGCAUGCGGUGGGACAGGGACAGUGGGGCUGCCGCAAGGCAGGAGGAUUCCCAGUGUGGGUGGAGCGGGCAGCAGGGUGGGCAGGGGGGUGGGGGCAGAGGCGCAGGUGUGGUGGCGCUGGCGCCGCGGGAGGCAGCAGCAUGGCAGGCAGCAGCAGUGGGGCUUGUGAGGCGCUGCAUAGCGGCACACAGGGGUGGGGGGAGAGAGGAGCUGGGUGGAGGGAGAGGGACGGACGGGGGAGGAAGGAUAGAAGAGGGAGUGGGGGGAUGGGUUGGACGGGCAGGGAAGGGGAAAAGUGCCAGCCCCACAGCAGAGAGGCAUCCUUGCUGGGAUAGGGUGACAGGGAUCGUCAUUCUCACUGCAUGCUCUGCUGGAUCCACACGGGACGAGGGGGAGGGGAAAGAGGUGGGGGAGAAUGGGUGGAAUGGGGGAGUUGGAGAAGGCGGGGUGGAGGAGAGCACAACUGUAGAAGGUGGAGAGGAGGAGGAGGAGGAGGAGGAGGAGGAGGAGGAGGAGGAGGAGGAGGAGGAGGAGGAGGAGGAGGAGGAGGAGGAGGAGGAGGAGGAGGAGGAGGAGGAGGAGGAGGAGGUGUGUGAUGAUGAGGGAGGGAUAGGGAUCGUUGGGGGACCGGGACAGGCGUCCCCCGGCCCCUGUACAGCCUCGUUAGCCUUGUCGCUGCCUGACAUUGCCUCUGCCAGUGCUGCUGCUGCUCCCCGUGUGGUGGUGUGCUGCCGCCCGCUGCUCGCCCACCGCCUGCACCACGCCGUCCAGGUGGCAGCGUUUGGAGUGGAUUCUAUGAGUGCAUGGCAUGGCAGUGCAGGGUGCGAGCGGCAGGACAACACCGAGCCUGCGCAGCAAGCACAGCACGGCAGGCCGCAGGAGAGUGGUGAGGAGAGGCAGCUGAGCUCAGGCAGACAGUGGAGUGAAGAGAAGGGCGAUGAACACAAGUGCGAAAACACAAGUGCGCGUACUGUGGGGAGAAGUGUGAGUAUGCAUGCUGCAAGCCUGACAAGAGUUCAGCCUUCUAGCUGCACAGCAAGUCGGAGGGCAGGGGCAGGGGGGGCGGUGGGAGCAUCAGGGGCGGCAGGGGGUUUGGUGGCAGGGUGGCGGGUGCUGGUGGUGGACGACACGGCAGUGAACCUGCUGGUGGCCCGCCGCACUCUCACCCGCUGCGGCGCCACCGUCAGCACGGCGGGCAGCGGGGAGGAGGCGGUGCGGAUGGUGGCAGCGGCUGUGAGUGCAGCAAGCGAUGGCGCGGCGGCGCAUGGCAGCGCUGUGCUGGAUGUGGUGCUCAUGGACCUGCAGAUGCCCCACAUGGACGGGUUCAUGGCAACUGAGGCGAUACGCGAGCUCGAGAGGGCUGCAGCACUGCGAUCCACCCCGGCAGCACACGCAGCAACUGACAGCGGUGCACAAAAAGACUCGCCGGCUGUUGCUGCUGCUGCCUCUCACCCCGUGAUUCCAGCCCUCAUGCUGCCCCGAGUGCCCAUACUGGCGCUCACAGCAGAUGUGGAUGCUCACAUCACACAGCGAUGCCUUGCCAGUGGCUUCGAUGGCAUUCUGCAGAAGCCCAUUGACCCCAAGCAGCUCGCCAAUUUAAUGCUAAGGAUAGAAAGGCCUCCCCGGUUUGGACCCUUACGAACAAUUUCACAUCCAAUGACAUGA